GUGGCAGCUUUAGACCCACUCUCUGACAUUUUAAAAGAAAUACGCACCAUGCAAGGAACAUCUUAACUAUUUUUUCCACCAAGUUUGCCUAGAAAUCUCCUAGUUUUUGCAUGCUUGUACAUGAAUUGUACUUUCAGCCUUUUGCGUUACCUCAGUGAAAAUUGUGUUUGCUUUUUAAGCAAGGUCACUGGUCAGCUGAGCAGCUUUCUAACAGCUGGAACCCUGCAUGCUUUGCUAGUGGUAUUCUGCCUUUUUAGGACUGUUCUGGGAGCUUCCUAAAAGAAAAGGCUCCUUCGUUUGGUUUUCUUUUCUUCCUUCUCAUAUGGCUCUGAAGGAUCUGAAGGACAACUACGCAUAUUUUUUUCAUUGAUGGCUUGACCUGUGUGGAUUCAACAGAAUUCUUCAUUAUGGAGAAUACAGAUGGCAUGGAUACAGUACCUAAUCGAGAUGACUGGGCAUCAAAAACAGAGGAUAAAGAUCCACCCCCAAGCCCUUAUUCUGUUGAAACACCUUACGGCUUCCAUUUAGAUCUUGACUUCUUGAAGUAUGUAGAUGACAUUGAAAAAGGCAAUACCAUCAAGAAGAUUCCAAUUCACAGGAAAGCGAAGCACCCCAAAUUCAGUACACUGCCUCGGAACUUCAGUCUCCCAGAAAGUGGAUCUAAAGCCUACUCAUCUUCUUCAAAUAAGAACUUCCUCACACAGAGAAAGGCCUCCUUAGGUGCAGAAGAAAGCAACAUUCCCAUCACAUCUCCUGAUUCAUCACCUCUUUCACCCCUUCAGAAUGAGCCAAGCUAUAGAAGGAAAGCUUUCUUAAAAGAGACUGUCAGGCAAGGUGGCCCUGUGCACCUUGAAGAGGAGACUGGCAAUGGCAGAGGGAGACCUCAGCUUUUGAGGGCAUCCAGUAUGCCUGCCACACUUCCACCAACCCCCAACUUGGAAGAAGUACCCUUGGCAUUUCUUCAGUCCUCUGAUCAAAAGGGCUUAGAAUUUGAAUUCGGUCCUGUAAAAGAAUCAUUGGCAUUAGAUAGCUUCAAAGCAACUUCACCAACGGCUCCUGAUAACCUGAGAAAUGUAAAACAACAAAUCAAUAAGACAAUCUAUGAAAACAAGAGGGAGAAGGCUCAGCUUGUGCUGGACCAGAAACAGAUAGUGAGGGAGCGAAUGCAACUCAGUUCUUCAUGGGAAGGCCAACCUCUAAUAUCUCAAGAACUGCUUGUGGUUGCUGAGAGUGGAGAAGAAGAACAGGAUGCAGGAGAGGCAAAUAUUUGCCCCAUAUCAGAUCAGAGUUGGCCAACCUCAUCUAGGGCCUUAGAAUGCAAGCCUGAAAACCAGAUCCAGAAAGAAAUUGAACUCAAUAUAUGUGAGACUGUUACAGAAUUACUAAAGGAGGAAGAAGUUACAAGUCCUACCUUCAGAGAGAUAGAAGGAAACUUAGAUUUGGAGGCUUUGCCCUCUGAAGAACCUAAAAAGAUCAUAGCUUUAAAGCAGCAUAUUGCCAUUCUGGAAGAGGAGCUGAAUAACAAAACAGAGGAACUUGAGCAGAUCCGAGUAGUAUUGAAACAGCAAGAUAAAGAAAUCAAGGCAAAAGAGAAAAGCAUUGAAAUGCUGGCAAACUCUAAAGCUCAGCUGGAAGAGAAACUCUGUGGGAAGAGCAUCAAAGAAAUUAAGCCAUGCAUGCAGGCAAAAAACGUCCUCCGAUACCAUGAUGCUGCUGUGAAUACUGAACUUGUACAUGACAAGAUAGCCAAGGAGGCUUAUGACAAAGGGGUCAAUGUAAGUAUUACUCUGCCUGUGGAGUCUGUAGGUUGUGAUGCUUCUGAAGCUGAUAAUAAGAAUCUGCAGGCCAAGGAAGUAAAUAGAAAGCUAGUCCAUGGAUCUCCUGAGAUGUCAAGCAUUCCUGUUGGUUUUCAAGAGAAAGACAGUCUGUCUUUUCAAAGACAGAAAGAAGUGGAAGAGGAAUGCUGCGUUCUGGACCAAGGCCACCAUGAGCUGAAGAUUAAUGAAUAUGUUGAUAAUGGCAACAAUCAUGUAUACAGCUGCGAUGUACAGUUCUCUGCUAUGACAGAGGACAACAGCUCAGGUGUUGAGGCUGUUGAUUCAAACGCAGGAGGAAAGCAAGAUCUGGAUGAGGAAGCAGGCCACCCGGAGCCAACAAAAUCUAUGGAUCCUACUGUGGGCCAAUACGUUAAAAAGAUCCAGGACCUUUUACAAGAGCAGUGGAUGUGUCUAGAACAUGGGUAUCCUGAACUAGCCAGUGCCAUUAAGCAACCUGCCUCAAAGCUCAGCUCAAUCCAGAACCAGCUUGUGAACUCUUUGAAUUUACUGCUUUCUGCGUACUCGACGCCGACACCAACAGACAAGGAGAAUUCCAACACACAGUAUCAACAGUUGGAAAUCUCUCCAAGCACAAGUCUUAAAUCUAUUAUGAAAAAGAAAGACACGGGUGUCCAUGCAGGAGGUAACGGCACCAAAAAGAAUCUUCAGUUUGUUGGGGUAAAUGGUGGUUAUGAAACAACAUCCAGUGAAGAUUCAAGUUGUGAAGAGAGCUCCUCAGAUGAAGAUUCAGAUAGUGAGACUGAGCGAAGGUGUGGCAGUGAAGAGCAUAGAUGGAGGGACGACGAGAAGGAAAGAGAACAGACUGCAUCUGGAACAUCCCUGGGUACAAGGCAAGAAGAUACACAUCUGGAAGAACUAGAGGGAAGCACACGAGCAAUCAUACAGCACAAGACAGAGAGAUUCCAGCCCUCAGCCGAUUUCCUGAAAGGAUGCCAAAUCUUAAGCAAACACCUACUAGAAAUAAGGACCACAAAGGACAAGUUACUGAGACAUGUUUUAAGCACCAUCUGCCAAGAGUGGUUUCGAAUCUCAAGCAGGAAAUCCUCUAGCCCUGAAAUUGUAGCAGCUUAUCUUCAAGAUGUAAAGGCCAUUCAUCCCCAGUUGCAGAAUGUAAUUGUAAAUUUAGCUGAUGGGAAUGGCAAUACAGCACUUCACUACAGUGUUUCUCACUCCAAUUUUCGGAUUGUGAAGCUUCUUUUAGAGACAGGUGUUUGUGACGUGGACCAUCAAAAUAAGGCUGGCUAUACAGCAGUGAUGAUCACACCACUAGCAUCGGCAGAGACGGAUGAAGAAAUGGAAGUAGUCAAAAAGCUGUUGAAAGAAGGCAAUGUUAACAUAAGGGCAAGCCAGGGAGGACAGACUGCCUUAAUUCUGGGAGUGAGCCAUGAUAGGGAAGAUAUGGUGAAAGCCCUGUUGUCUUGUGACGCUGAUAUAAACCUCCAGGAUGAUUCUGGUUUGUCGCCACUAAUGGUUGCUUCCCAGUACGGUAACAUUGAGAUAGUGAAGCUUCUUUUGGCCCAUCCAGGCUGUGAUACUACUUUAACUGACAAGGCUGGUAAUUCUGCUUUGUCCCUUGCUUUGAAAUCUGCCCACAUGGAAAUUGCAGAGUGCCUCCAAACCCACAUACAGCACAGUCGGCUCUCAAUACAUAAAGGGAAAAUGGACAAUUGUAAUCUGCUGGAAUGAGAAACUGAUAACAAAAGACUCCUUGUUUUAGCCAACCCUGUAACCAAUUUAUAUGCCCAUGAUUGUAGGUGAUAACUGCUGAUGUAUCUACUUAUGGAAAAGAUGAUUUAUGUCAGCUAUUUGCAUACAUUCCCUGUAGUUGAGUCACUCCCUUAACCCUGCUUUUAUAGUCUAUGAUACCCGUUGGCUCAAACAAUGAUUACAUUAUGGCCUUGCCUUUUAUUAAUAGUAAUUAUACUCUCAGAAGUCAGGUCUUGUCUUUUCUUAAGCAAUAGUCACUUUGAGCUUAUUUUUUAUUUUUUAGAGUGUUACUCUUUGAUAAGCACAGGGAGAGUACUUACUUGGCCAUGACCAAGUUAUCUACUUUCCAACAGUGGUGAUCAAGCACCCACUGAGAACAUGAGGAUAAAAUGCUUCCAGAUAUGAUGUGGAAACACUAGUACUGUUUCAGGUCCAGUUAAGAUAUAAGUAACAGGUGGUAGUUUUGAGAUUUUGAGAGUAUUCAGGUCAUUUGAUGGUCUGUUUGUAUCAACUUCCAUGUUACUUGGGAUCUGACAAAGUCCAAGCUAGAUCUGGAUUUGCUUUUCCAGGUACAUCAGGAAAAUCCUAAUUUAAUUACCUUGUUUAGUACUAAGUCUAGCACUGCUGGAUUCUACUCGAUGUUGGUUGUUGUGUAAAGAAAUCUAGAAGAAACCAUCCAUCUCAUCAUAUAAGAAGAAGGCAUCAUUUGGGGGACGAAGGAUAGCCACCAGUACAGUAGCACUGAUGAGCUGCCACUUGGGCUCAGGCUUGCUCCUAGUGUUGUCCAAAGAGUCUUAAUUAGUAGCAAUUGCUCUGAGAUUCAUCCCUGAGGAACUAACUAGAUUUUACAAGGGAUACUGCAGUUGUAUCUGAUGACAGAAGAGACUUGGAUCUCACAAAGGCUUCUCCUGCAGCCUCCCUGCACCGCUUCUUCAUUUUGCUAGAUGUUCCCACUACUCUCUGGAGCAGUCUAGGGGAGUGCGAAAGGGAAGACGUGGUAGAUUUCCAUUCCAUAAACAGCUCUCCAGACCCAGAUAUGAUGCUGCUGCCACUCCUUGAGUCUUCCUACGAUUGCAAUAUAAUUUUUUUUAAAGAAUGAGUUAGUGUUAGCCUGUUACUUAAAAACAACAACGAUGAUGAUGCGGUACUUGUUACUUUUAAGAGUAAUAUUUAAUAACACAUUUGUUUUCUUUUAUCUUGUCUUUCCCUUUUCCCAAAAUGUAUUUUUAUAAAAUCCAGGGAAAAAAGCCUCAGCCCUCUAAAUCAGGGGUCUCAAACUCAAUUCACCUGGGGGCCACUGGAGGCAGAGUCUGGGUGAGACUG